AUCUCUACUGUCAUCUUCAUAUUUCAAAGCUCAUCCAAGUCUACUAAUGACAAAAAUCAAAAGUAGAUAUUUUCCAUCCAUUGUUGAUGCAGAAACCAAAGUCACAGUGGGCUGAUGUUUCCCUUCUCUUAUUUGAUGGUUUCGGGUUCCAGAGGCCAAAUCUGACUCCUAAAAACACCAAAGGGAGCCUGUGCCAAAUCUUUGCCCUGGAAGCCUGCCAUCACCCUGUCUGAGGCAGAAUGGCCAACCUCACAUUUGUGCUGCUGCUAGUGACCAUUGCAGGUGGUGCCUGUCAUCAGUGCAGUGAGGGGAAGACCUAUUCCAAUGCAAUCAUUUCACCUAGCCUGGAAACCAUUAGAAUCACACGGGUGUCACAGACCUUCUCCAUGGGUGACUGCACAGCCGCUUGCUGUGGCUUGGCCAGUUGUGACUUGGCCUGGUGGUUUAAGGGAAGUUGCUACCUGGUGAGCUGCCCUCACAGAGAGAACUGUGAACCCAAGAUAGGCCCCAUCAAUUCCUAUCUCACCUUUGUGCUCAGACCUGUCCAGAGACCCACACAGCUGCUGGACUACGGCGAGAUGAUGCUGAACAAGGAUCCCCCCUCGAGGGUCUGGGGGGACACACUGGAGGAUAUCAUGAAGGACUUGCCCUUUCUAGGCAAAGAUGGGGGCCUAGAGGAGAUGGCAGAGUACCCCGAUGACUAUAGCCAGCUGGAGCCGGGCUUUCUCCAGCCUGUGGGCCAGCAGGAUCCCAGAGGGAGUGCUGAGUACCCGGACUGGAGCCUACUGCCUGGCACCCAGAGAGGUUUGAACACAUCUGCUGGAGACUCCCUCACAGCUUCAGCGGAGAAGCCCCAGGACCCUGAGUCCCGUGACCUGGAUCCACAUGCACUUAGAGAGACAACUUGGACCCCUGUCCCCAAGCACUCUGCAGACAGCAGUGCUGUCACCUUGCUUCCCUUGGUGAGCUUUUCAACUUCAGGAGGGGUUCCAAAGAAAGAAGAAGAGGCUUUUCAGCAUCAAGAACAAGGGAGCAAGAGCUCUGGGAAAGAGGUUCUAAUACCUUCCCAUAAUCCUCCUCCCGCCAGCCUGCAGUCCAGCCCAGCUGCCAUGGAGGGAAGCCCAGGCCUCACAGUUACUCUGGGGAACACAGAACACAGCAUUCCAACACUCGUCCCUAGCACUGCCCCUUCUGGGUCCUCCACACCUGAGGGAUCCGUACCUCCUCCCACUGCUUCCAGGACAGUGAAAGAACUUAGCGUGUAUGCUGGGGAUAACCUAAUGAUAACCUUACCCAACAAUGAAGUUGAACUGAAGGCUUUUGUUGUACCAGCACCCUCUGCAGAAUCAGCUUACAACUAUGAAUGGAGUUUAAUAAGCCAUCCUGGAGACUACCAAGGUGAAAUAAAACUAGGACACACACAAACUGUUAACCUCUCUCAAUUGUCAGUAGGACUUUAUGCCUUCAAGGUGGCUGUGUCUAAUGAUAAUGCCUUUGGGGAAGGAUUUGUCAAUGUCACUGUUAAGCCGGCUGCAAGAGUCAACCUGCCACCUGUAGCAGUUGUUUCUCCUCAGGUUCAAGAGCUCUCUCUGCCUGUGACAUCAGCCCUCAUCGAUGGCAGCCAAAGUACAGAUGAUACUGAGAUUGUGAGCUACCACUGGGAAGAAAUUCACGGGCCCUUCCUGGAAGAGAAGCUCUUGCUCGACUCUCCUGUCUUGUACUUGUCUAACCUUCUUCCUGGGAACUACACUUUCAGGCUGACUAUUACAGACUCAGAUGGAGCCACUAACUUUACAACUGCAGUCCUGAUUGUUCACAGUGCUGUGGACUACCCACCUGUUGCCAAUGCAGGACCAAAUCAGACCAUAGCUUUGCCCCAAAACUCCAUCACUUUGAAUGGAAACCAGAGCAGUGAUGACCACCGGAUUGUCCUCUAUGAGUGGUCCCUGAGCUCCAGCAGUGAGAGCAAAGAGGUGACCAUGCAGGGAGCACAGACUCCCUACCUCCACUUGUCUGCAAUGCAGGAAGGAGAAUAUACAUUUCAGCUGAUGGUGACAGACUCUUCAGGACAGCAGUCCGUGGCUCUGGUCACUGUGAUUGUCCAACCUGAAAACAACAAGCCUCCAAUCGCUGUGGCUGGCCCAGAUAAGGAGCUGGUCUUCCCCGUGGAAAGUGCCACCCUGGAUGGUAGCAGGAGCAGGGAUGACCAUGGCAUUGUCCUCUACCGCUGGGAGCAUGUCAGAGGCCCAAGUGCAGUGGAGAUGGAAGAUGCCGACAGAGCUGUAGCCACUGUAACUGGUCUUCAGGUGGGUACGCACCACUUCCGUUUAACAGUGAAAGACCAGCAAGGCCUGAGCAGCACGUCCACCCUGACUGUGGCAGUGAAGAAGGAAAAUAACAGUCCUCCCCGAGCCCAGGCUGGUGGCAGACAUGUUCUUGUGCUCCCCAAUAAUUCCAUUACUUUGGAUGGUUCAAGGUCUACUGAUGACAAAGGAAUUGUAUCCUAUCUGUGGAUCCGGGAUGGUCAGAGUCCAGCAGCAGGAGAUGUCAUUGAUGGCUCUGACCACAGUGUGGCGCUACAGCUCACAAAUUUGGUGGAGGGCAUCUACACUUUCCACUUGAGAGUCACCGACAGUCAGGGGGCCUCGGACACUGACAAGGCCACCGUGGAAGUGCGGCCAGACCCUAAAAAGGGUGGACAGGUGGAACUGAUCCUUCAGGUUAGCACUGAGCAGCUGACAGAGCAGCAGAAGGACACCCUGGUGAGGCAGCUGGCAAUGCUACUGAAUGUGCUGGACACCGACAUUAAGGUUCAGAAAAUCCAGGCCUACUCAGAUCUCAGCACCGCCAUUGUGUUUUACGUACAGAGUGGGCCACCUUUUAAAGUUCUCCCAGCCGCAGAUGUGGCUCGAAAUCUGCACAGGCGUCUUUCCAAGGAGAAGGCAGAUUUCUUGCUUUUCAAGGUCUUGAGGAUCGACACAGCAGGUUGCCUUCUUGAAUGUUCUGGCCAUGGUCACUGUGACCCCAUCACAAAGCGCUGCAUUUGCUCUCAGCUGUGGAUGGAGAAUCUUAUUCAACGCUACAUCUGGGAUGGGGAGAGUAACUGUGAGUGGAGCGUAUUCUACGUGUCAGCGCUGGCGCUCACUGUGAUAGCGGGCACUGGGGGGCUGAUGUGGCUUUGCAUCUGUUGCUGUAAAAGACGGAAAAGGACUAAAAUAAGGAAGAAAACAAAGUACACCAUCCUAGACAACAUGGAUGAACAGGAAAGAAUGGAACUGAGGCCCAAAUACGGUAUUAAGCGCCGAAGCACAGAGCACAACUCCAGCUUGAUGGUGUCUGAGUCUGAGCUUGACAGUGACCAGGACACAAUCUUUAGCCGAGAUAGGAUGGACAGAGGGAACCCGAAUGUUUCCAUGAAUGGCUCCAUCAGGAAUGGAGCUUCCUUCAGUUAUUGCUCCAAGGACAGAUAAGGGAGCAGCUGGGGAGUGGAAGGACCCACUGGAAUCCACAACUCCAGGACGAGUCCCGGGGAGUUUAACUACAAAAGCCACUCUCGUUAGCAUAUGUUCCAGCUACCUUCCACAGUGGGCUGGAUGCGUCUCCACAUAAAGACGUGACUUCUUGGAGACACAAAACCAAACCAAAACACAACGCUUAUAGCUGGGAGGCUUCUGGAUAGGAAUAACAGCUGCAUAGUGUGUCUGUAGGGGGCGCUAUAUUAUAAUGACCAAACUAUCCCCAGACACUUAGGGAAAGUUGAAGGCUUUCAAGAGGGCUGAUGUCUCUCUCCUGUGAUUGUUUUUGAGUACAACCGUCAAAUGUGGUUUCUCUGGUAAGAUCUGCCAAGUCAGAAUGAGGCAUGAGCUCUCUCUGGGCAGGGAGCUCUGUGGGCUGUGCGUGACACCCCCACAGGGCAUUCCCCCCACCCCCUGAGUUUCACUACUUUGCUAUGAUCAGUGCCACCCAUGCUUUCUGAAAAGCAGCUGGUGGAAGUUCAUGAGCUACUAGAGAUGUGUUCCAAGGCCAGGAGGCAACAGAAAUGAUGUGUAAGGUUGAAAGUUGCAGACAGCAUUGAACAUUCUUUAAGCAUUGUUUUUCUA